AUGGCUCUUUGCUAUCCUAUGGCUGUGGACCUCAACAAGGGCCACAAGGUAACCAAGAAUGUGGGCAAGCCCAGGCACAGCCACUGCCAUGGGCAUCUGACCAAACACACCAAGUUCAUGCGGGACAUGAUCCGGGAAGUGCUUGGCUUUGCCCCGUACGAGCGACACGCCAUGGAGUUGCUGAAGGUCUCCAAGGACAAACGGGCCCUCAAGUUCAUCAAGAAAAGGGUGGGGACACACAUCUGUGCCAAGAGGAAGUGGGAGGAGCUGAGCAAUAUCCUGGCCUCCAUGAGGAAAGCCGCUGCCAAGAAAGACUAAGCUCCCUCCUCUGCCAUCUCCCUGAAAUAAACAGCUGCACCC